UCAGUUUCCUGACUACGAUGAGAAGUUAGAAUUUCUUGUUGGUAGCAUGAAACAAGGGGUUACUUGCAAUCAGAAGUGUAUCAGUUACUCUCUCGAACGCCAGAUGGAGCGUCAGUGUAGAAAAAGGAACAUAUUUCAUUACACAUCAAUAGAAAGUAUUCUUCAACAAUGGAACGCUAAUUUUGAGAACGAAAAUUUAACGUUUGUACCAAAUGAAUAUCGCCCACUGGUUGCUCGCUGGAUAAAUGGUCUUUGAUGAUUAAUAAACUUCGGGAGACGUUAGCCAGUCAAACUUCUAUUGGUGUUGUUGGACUGAUAAACUCUGGAAAAUCAAAACUUGUUAGCUCAAUGUUUGAAGUAAUGACGGCGUCUGACACCACAGAUCAGAAGCGAACCACCGUUCCGUUGAUUUACAACUUGGAUGAGCACUUUAAAGGUUUAGAUGUCAUUGAUUUUCCUGGUGUUGAUGAUGGUGAUGAGACAGUUCCUGAGUUGGCAAAAUUGUUGUUAAGUUUGACUCGGAUUGUUGUAUUUGUUGUUGACUACAAGUAACGUGGCUUAAAAAUGUUUGAAAAGCUCAUUCCGAGUCAUCAAAACAAUGGCUUUCCAUACUCGAGAAAGAAAACGUACCUGUUCUUGUUUGUUUAACAUUUGGUGACAGACUUUUUGUUGAAUUAAUGGUUGAAAAGGGAAAUUGUGACAUUGACGCGAUAAAAGCGGGCGUGGAAAAUGAAGUGGAAACAAUCAAAAAGAAAAUCGGAUUGCCAGAAAGCAGUAAUCAACGUGAUUUUAAACUGUCAGUGUUGUCCUUUGACUACGAUUCCUACCUCAAUUCUGAGAAGUGGAAAGCAAAGCUGCGUAAAGUUGGUCUUUGUGAUGAACUUGAUGUGGGUCGUUGGAUCGCAGAGAAAUUGGAGGAUCAGUACGAGCUACAUGAUCUCUCACAGACUUUUUUAAAAUAUAUCGAGAACAAAGAAAGCAGCACUUUACAUCCAUGUCUGAAAGUACCUUUAUUUUUAAAGCAAAACAAAGAAACGAUAAAGACUAAAAAACGAGGAAAAGUGGGAAGAAAGCAAAAGAAAAGGAAAAAUGAAAUCAAUUCAUGAAGAUUUUUUAUCAAACAAUCGAGCAUCUGUAACCUCUAACAAUCGUUGUUGCAAAAACAUGCGUUUAAUUUACAAUUUGCAACUAUAGUACUCUUUACAUAGUAAAUGAAUUUGACUCACGUGUUAUUGUUCCAAUAUAAUAAGAUGACGAUGCUUUCAUUGAAACAGAAGUGUUGAUACGUGAGAGCACACUCAUCCAUCGAAACUUAUUCAAAGUGUUUAUGAUUUGAAAAUUCUGUAUCUAAAUUAUAUUUUAAUGAAAAGAAAGCUUUUCUUUAGCAGA